AUGGCAAUCACCGUGUCUGAGAGAGAAGGGGUCGUUAUAUUUAAACUGAGUGGUAGAAUUAUCACCCCAAGUAUCAAGGAAAUCUCGGAAACCGUAGCGGAGACACUUGCGGGGGGCACUUCACCACCGAGAUUGGUUUUUGACUUUAAAGAGGUAACCGGGAUGGAUAGUUCUGGUCUUGGUGCGCUCAUGAAAGUUUAUUCCGACAUUCGUCCGCACGGCGGGAAGAUUGCGGUGAUUAACGUGAACAAACAUGUCAAAAACCUCAUUGUCAUGGCUCGAUUGAUCACCGUCUUCAAAAAUUUUGAGAACGAAGAUGACGCUGUUACCGCCUUGCUGCACCAUCCGUAG